CCGAUCAAUCUCACGCACAGCUCGAACCAGACUUUCGAGGUCUAAUAGUCAAUUUUAACUAGUUUUCUUAGCGGUCGACUCGGGAAAUCUUGGAGAUUUAGAAUUCAUAUCACUAGCUUUUAUGGCUCGGUCCUCCGGCAAAGAAAUUUAAAACCUCAAAUUGUCUUGGCAAGGCUAUUUAUCUGCUGGGGCAACUGAUCGCUCGCAAGCCGGUUCAUUGGGCACAACCAUCUUGCACAGACCGAUAUUCGCUCUUGAAUGAUAAAGGUACGUAGCUUUCUAAUGUGGUAGUCUCGGGAUAGUUGUUUGCUAUGUAACAGUUUGUAUCAAUGAUGUAACGGUACAACUUGUACUCGGAACGAUGCUCAGAGUACGUCGAUGUGUACUUCGGUACUGAUUUUGAUUGCGGUCAUUCCGAUCGUUUUGCUCGAAAGAAGUAAAAUUACCCAGUCCCAUAAUCUUAUAAGGUAUCAAAAACGAAACUUUCAGAUUACGUGCUGCGACGGUUUAAGUAAAAUUUGAUGUCGAGCCACCCAUUCCACAUACGCACGUAAAGAGGAAUGUAAUGUCUUUUUUCAUUUCGGUCCUGUCUUCAGUGAGUUGCGAACCGUUAAAUAAUUCUUUUACUCCUUCCUUUUAUCUUUUCAUUUUACUUUUGUUCGUUCAGUAACUUUAACGUCGAGUCUCUGGUAUGAAACGACAACCAGCUGAAGCCGCCGUCCGUAUCUGUUGUUUUAUGAAGUCGUGACGUAAUUUUAUCACAAUUCUCCUGGGCAAUUACCAAAAUAGAUAACAGUCACGAUUACCCCCAGACCUAAUCGCUCGUUUAUUUGUGUUGAUAGCACCAGAUGAUUGAAUAUGGUUAUCAGAAAGUUAGUUUAACUCCAAAGCCGGGUUAUUUAGACAAAGUUUAGUCGUUGUUUAACAAAACUGCUUCCUAAACAAUUGUCAAAUUAAGCUGAACCGUUUAUCUGUACAUUAAUGUUUGUGAACAUUGUUAAAAGGGGCCCAAACAUUUCUGUAACUAAAUCAACCCUACUAUGGAUAAUCUGGCUGAUCACUUAAAUUGUGACUUUUCCCAGUGAAAUUAACAACUGCCCAUGAACAGAGUGCUACUCAAAUUGACAAAUAGGAAAUGGGGCAGUUUAGUUAUUAUGCUUUUCCAAAGCUGCACCUCAUCUGUAUAGAGAACUUUUGAAACAGUCUAGAAGUUCACACCAUGCCAGUCAAAUAUUUCACAAAGUUUGCUAAAUAUGUGCUCUUCCUUGAAGAAGUAAAAUUGUUGACUUGUAGAAAUGUAUGGAUGUCACAGUGAGAAUGGGUCUAUUUCUAUGCAAAAGCUUAAUACUCAAAUUUAAUUUUUAAACAGUGGAUAUGGUUAAAGGCAUGCUUUGAUUGGCUACUCAAACUCUGAAUAUCCUAUGCCUAAUUCACCUCUGAGCAACACACAUAGGAUUUGUACCCAAAGGUAAUAUCAUUGAAAUUGUUGCAGGUAUAAAUGAGUUAAGAUGAUCUUUUUGUGUUGUGUUAUUUAACUGUUUCAGUGUAUACUAAUAAAAAUAACUCCUCACUCCUGUUUCACUGAAAAUUUGUUUCAGUACAAAUAAUUGUAAACAAUCAUUGGAUGAGGUUUUUGUUAUAUCCAGAAUAAUCAAUAAUAGUUAGGGGUUAUCAACCCUUACCAAGACCUUGAUUAUUCUGACUAUCAAAGAAACCGAAUCUGAAAAUUUGUUUCAUCAUACAUUGAAUAAGGGGAAAAAAUGGUCACAAAAGUAAGUGGAACUGAUAAUUUAUUUCUAAACAUGUAAAAAUAUACAAAUCAUCAAGCAACACAAAGCAUGUGAACUUGACAUGAUUACCCUUAGAAAUCAUGCACUGCAGUCAUAUAUAACAUGACUACCCAUGACCUUGAGCAUCCUUGACAUAAUUAUUAUAUCGCCAGACACUGAUUUUGAAAAUUCACUGUAAGCUUUUGGCCAAUCAGAAAAGAGAUAGUGCAUUGAAUGUGUAAUAAUUAAGUUUAAUGCACACACUGUUUCAUAUGCUAAAUGUUCCUUGCAUGCCCCAUUUAAAUUGACAUGUCACAAUAAUACAUCGCAAUAAUUAUUACAAUGCUUGUUGCAUAAGAAUUUUAGUUAAAGAUGCUUAAUCUAAUUGUUCAAACUAGUUUUAGCCAAGCCAACCAGUUCUUGUACUUGUAAUUGUGAACCAGUUAUUUGCCACAAUGUAUUUCAAUUACAGAGGUGGUCAAGAAGUAAGCUUUUAGUUGAUAUUCAGGUUAUUACAAUUAAUUUUCUGUUUGUUUUAAACACUUUUGAGGCUGAGUGCCAAUGUAGUUUCCUUCUAUUUUAUAUUGAGUUGUGUUAUUAACUUUUAAUUUAAAAAUAUGGUUUUUACUUUGUAUUAGCUCUUUGGUUUUCUGUUUUACAGAAAAACCUUAGUGUCUGGCUCGGUAAAUAUCCACCACAAGCCAUGUCCACUUCAGUGAAGAGUUGUUAAUUAUUACCUGCUUGUGUUGCAAUGGUGUCAUACAGAUUGACUGAAACCUGAAUGUAAUUCUUUUAUUUUAUCAGUCUUGUUAAUAAAAGAUUCAGUCAGUGAAAUUUUUUUUUUCAGGUAAAUGAUCAAAAUGGAAGGGCAUCUACAAAUCCGAUCCUAUCACAGUCCAGACUAUGAGGAGUGCAGAGAGAUCUUUUCUCAAGGGAUGCAGCAACUUGUCAGCAGUAUCACCCAUCUUAUCUCUUCAAAUCUGUUUUGGUACAUUACCAUGGUAACCAUUUUUGCUGUCAUGGCCUCUUUAAGGUGGUCUAUCAUGCUUUUGGUAGCAUGUUUGUUCCUCUCUCUUGUUUUAUGGGCUCUUUUGUAUGUCUUUAUCUACCUUGAAAUGUGGAAGUUCAUCAACCAUUGCCUAAAAACAGACUUGUUGGACAUUGAAAAGACCUACAUGUCUAACAAAGGUUGCCACAUGUGGGUUGCUGAAUGGAAUGGUAAAAUUGUAGGAAUGGUGGGACUCAUUCAGAAUGAAGACCACAAACCAGGAAUAGCAGAGCUUCAGCGAAUGUCUGUCUCCAAAACUUGUCGAAAAAUGGGAGUCGCGAGCAAAUUGCUUGAAGAACUUCUUAAGCAUUCCAGGCAGCAGGGUCUUGAGAAAAUUGUUUUGAAAACUUCAAGUGCUCAAGGACCAGCUGUCAGACUCUAUAGGAAGUUUGGUUUUAAGCUCAUAGAACAAAAACCUAUCAUUACCAACUUCAUAUUUAAAGACAUGGUAAUAAUGUCUUUUGAACUUGAACUCUGAUAGAUUCAAAACACAAGGUUUAAAAAUGCAGGUUGCAAGUUCUAUUAUACCUUCAGGUUAAGUUCCUUUACUCCAGGCCAUUUUCCUAGGUGGCAAUUCAGAUGGUUUUAUUUUUUUAGGUUUUAAGGAAAGGAAUUGAAGGUGACAUG